AUGGGUUUCCUCAUUUAUUUUGAUUUUUUAGUUUAUUUUCACAACGAAAAUCUAGAAAACAAUUCGGAUAACUCAAUCCCGCAGGCAAAGGUUCGGCGCUUCCAUUUCUGCAACAAAGAAGAAAGAAGAGAGUUAGCAAUGGCGGCCACCUCUGUAUCUGCGUCGUUGGUUUCUUCCCUGACGAUCUCAAGCUCCCCUUCAUUCGCCUCCAAAGCAACUCUCGCUUCAACAAAGUUCUCGUCUUUGCCAUUUCCUUUAUCUACGCUGUCCAAACCCUCGCUGCUGGGCUCAUCUUCAAGCCGGGUCUUCGCCGCACCUGAGGCUUUGAAUGCCCAGGAAACGCUAGACCCACCUUCAGAAACCUUUGAUGACUCUGAUUCCGCCACUUACGAGGUUUCAAGUUCUGAGACUCCCAGUUCUCCAUCACUCAGCAUUGAUGCUGAUACAGACACGCAGAUGGCCCCAAAGCAGAAGAUCAGAAUUAAACUUAGGUCAUACUGGGUACCCUUGAUUGAAGAUUCCUGCAAGCAGAUAUUGGAUGCUGCAAGGAACACAAAUGCCAAAACCAUGGGUCCUGUGCCGUUGCCUACGAAGAAGCGAAUCUACUGUGUUCUGAAAUCACCCCACGUGCACAAGGAUGCAAGAUUUCACUUCGAGAUCCGAACUCACCAGAGGUUAAUAGACAUUCUCUACCCAACUGCUCAGACUAUCGAUUCACUUAUGCAGCUUGACCUCCCUGCUGGAGUCGAUGUGGAGGUGAAGCUAUGAGAAACCGAUGCUUCAUUUAGCUCGACGAGUUCUUCCACCUUCUACGAGCAGCAACGGAAUGAACGAUUGGUGUUCUACCAAAAGCUGGUGGAGGUACUUGAACAGUAGGGGUCUGUAAGAAUGCUUGAUUAGCUUUAAUUAAUCACCCUUUUAGAUUCUAUGCUUAAAUGAUUUGUUUAGCUGUGUUGUAUGAACGAUAAUGAGUGCGGCGAGAAUAUGUACUGUUGUUACACUGUGUAAGGUGUUGGGAAAAGGAUGGAAGCAUAGACCUCUUCUCUGAUCAUCUUUCUUCCACGCCUGUACUUGCAGAUUUUGUUCAUAGCAUCGGAUAUUUUCCAAUCUUUUCACUAUAUUCUCCAUGGAGGUGCUGCUAACUGCGCUCCUUGAUAAGGCUGCAACGGAAGCUCGCCUAAACAUAUCAUCUUUCUUUGCACCUACUCAGCUAGCAUUAUCGUGAACUUGUUGCAGCCAUUCUUUUGUUGUUUAGCCCUGGAUCGGGUUGACGAGAUUUGCUAAAGGAUCAACCUUUCUAAUGUUGAGUAAAAGUGACUGACAUGACAUUGCCUUCACUUCACUCUGAGUGGAAAAGUUGGAAUCUUCGUCAACAUUUGCCAUUUUCAGGGAAUCUAAGUAACUCGCACAAGGAGGUACGAAUGUUGCAUGCGUACCCAUAAAUUUUACAUAGGGGUGUCUUCUUUUAGAAAAUAAAAUAAUUCUUAUAUACGAAAAUAUCUAAAUCGUACGAGUUAAAAAAAGUCCACGGUAAAAUACACUUGAAGUCUAUACUGCUCAAAUAAACUGUCCUUGUAUAUU